CUGCGGGAGCAGGGUGCGGUGGCAACUCCAGCCACACAUCCCCCUCUCGGGCGGGAUUGGUGAAAAGUGCCUGGACUGCGUGACACUGCCGGUGGACCCGGUAGGCUGUCCCAACCCAGAUCCCAGAGCCUGACGGUGCCCGGGAGGGGCGACGAGUAGACUGCCUGGUCCGUAACUCCCUGGUGCGCAGCGGUGAGCGGGAACACCUAACCGGUGCAAUUAGAUCAGGCUGUGGCUGACUGGGAGAGAAGCUGGGCCUCUUAUAUAAGUUUGCAUAUAUACGGAACAGAGAAUAUGGGAAGAGGCAGCAAUAAGAAAGGCUCCUCAGCCCCCAAUUCUGAGAAACAGGCAAUAGCGGACACCGCACCAAUAGACAUAAAGCACCAUAUAGAGAGCCUCAUAGACCAAUUCAGGAAUGAAGUUAUCAACGACCUGAAGCUAGAAGUAUGCAGAAUAGUUAGAGAAAUGCUAAGCACCACCCAAGAAAAAACAGAUGGUGGAAUGGAAGAACAGAAAAAGAGGGGAGAAUUGUUUGAUGGAGAAAACAGAGAAAGCAUAGAAUAUGUGAAGCAGGUUCAAAGGGACUAACAAGAUACUAAGAAGUCUAUCGAAGACUGGCAUAACAGCUUGAAAGAAACUAAGGACAGACUAUCUGAACUGGAGGGCAGACUUGUAAUAUGGGAGAAUGAAAUGAAAAACUUCUUAAAAAUAACAAAGAAACAAACAGCAAUAAUACAAAGACAAAAAGAUGAUAAGAGGAUCCAUAACUUAAGGAUUAAGAACAUAAAAGAAGAAGUAGGGACACAAACAAGUGAACUACAAAAGCUACUCACAGAAAUAAUCCAGGAGAAUUUUCCUAAUUUAGAAAAAGGUAAAGAUACUCAGAUGUAUGAGGCAUACAGGACCCCAGCUACUUAAACCCAAACAGAGCAACACCCAGGCAUAUAAUAAUAAAAAUUCCAGAAAUUCAAUACAAGAAUAGAAUAUUAAAAGCUGUCAGAGACAAGAAACAGACCACUUACAAGGGAACACCCAUCAGAAUUACAGCAGAUUUCUCUGCACAAACCAUCAAAUCACGAAGAGCGUGGGGGGAAAUAAUUCAAGCUUUGAAAGAUAAUAAUCUCCAGCCAAGAUUGAGAUAUCCUGCACAACUAUCCCUGGAAAUUGAUGGAAAAACAAGGUGCUUCCAGGAUAAAGAGGAACUGGGGGAAUUUGCAACUACCAGUUCAACUCUACAGAGAGUAUUGCAGGAUAUUCUUAAAAAAGAAAAAUACAAAGAAUCCAGAAAUAGUGGCGGGGAGGCCACAACAAAUGGAGCAGAGAACAAAAUGAAGAAGACAAACUGACAGCUACUGACAGAAAAAGAGCUCAACGGAAAUGAGGCAGAGAAGAUUGGAUGAUAGAAACAGCUAUUUUGGAGAAAACGACAUCUUAACAGCCCUUCCUUUGCUACAGAUGGGCCCUUGGCUGCAGAUGGUCGCCUCCCCCUACCUCAUUGUGACCCUGCUGCUCUGGAGUAGCCUGCCUGGGCUCUGGGGCCAGGAGUUCCAGUUUGGGCCAUGCCGAGUAGAGGGAGUCGCUCUUCCAAGACUGUUGGAGGCCUUCCGGACUGUGAAGGAGACUAUGCAAAUUCAGGAUAACAUCACGAGUGUCCGGCUGCUGCAGCGAGAGGUCCUCCAGGAUGUCUCGGACGCCGAGAGCUGUUACCUCGUCCACGAUCUGCUGAAGUUCUACUUGAGCACUGUUUUCAAAAACUACAGUCACAAAAUAGCUGAAUUCAAGAUGCUGCCCUCCUUCUCUACCCUGGCCAACAACUUUCUGUUCAUCGUGUCAAAACUUCAACUCAGCAUGAGCAGACUGAAGCCAGGCCCAGGAGCUGGGGAAACGAAAAAUGAGACGCUCUCUGUGAGUGACAGUGCACACAGGCGCUUCCUGCUGUUCAAGAGCACAUUCAAACAGGUAAGGCUGGGCCCUGGGUGCUCCCCCACCCAGGGGAUAGACCAGCUUGGGGGUGUCACAGACCCCUCGCGCAGUAAAUGGAGGCAAUUACACCAGAUUUACCCCAAAGUCACCUGACUUAGCAGGAGCACAAAUACAUUUGCAUCAACUCAAGCUUUUUAUAGUGUCAUGGUCUUUUUUUUUGCUAGUUUCCAAGUGAAAAUGCUAUUGUAUCACCAUGGGAAAUUUUGUCAACUUUUCGUAAAAUAAACCACUCAAGAAAUUCCAAAUUUCAUUCCCAGCACCCACCCACCUUCAUAUUACACACACACACACACACACAAACACACACACACAUACACACACGUGCGCGCGCACUUUUGAUGACUUUUUGAAGGAAAAGAUACAUGAGCCUAUAAACAUACGGUGCUAAGCAAAACCAUGACAGACAGUGGCCACCUGGGCGAUGGUGGACGCAGGUGUGGGGCCCUGUGCUUGUGAGGGGCGCUUUGUGCAUUUCCUUUGGCCUUUUCCUGCUGCUGCUCAAUGGUGUCUCUAUCGUCCCUGAAGCAGACACACACAGAUGGGGACAAGUGACAGGCAGGUGAGCCCCGAGAGGCCACUCCACAGAUGGCCCAGCCCGUGAU